AUGUCGUGCUCAUUCCGAAUUUCUCUUGAUCGCCCCUAUAAGUCACUGCUAUCGGUCUUUGUAUUUUGGAAAACUCUUCUACUUCUCCUGGCUGUCUUCAGUCCUGGCCCUGGCUACGACACUUCCACCACGCUUCGGCUGAACCGUAAUGCAGCCAAUGCAGACCCUGAUGGACCAUUGAUAGCGAGCUUGCGUCUGGUUUCCACCAAGCUGACCAGAUGGGACGCUAUAUAUUUCACCGAGGUCGCAAGCCGCGGCUAUAUUUUCGAGCAGGAAUGGGCAUUCGGUUAUGGCUUCACUAAGCUCAUCAAUUUCUUUGCCAAUGGCUACUUUCUCUUCGUUCAGAGCUUCAAUCUAUCAGUGGCUUCCACGGGUCUUGAAGACGCUUUCAUACUGCUAGCUGGUAUCCUGUACGGAUUAGCCACGACUGUUCGCAGCAAUGGGAUUCUCAACGGCCUGCUGUUCGUUGAGGAAGCAAUCAGACUGUUGUAUUCCAUGACCAGGGGCGUCACCUUUGCAAAAUCUCGCCGGCUACUCGCCGUUGGCAUAGCUGGUGUCUGCACGGGUCUUGGUUUUGUGGUGCCGCAAUACAUCGCUUACCGGGAUUUCUGCGUCAAUUACCCAUAUACGCACGAUGAAGAGCCAAGGAUAUGGUGUCGUAGGACUCUGCCAAGUAUCUACAGCUUCGUCCAGGACCAUUAUUGGAACAAUGGGUUUCUUCGGUAUUGGACUGUUUCCAAUAUCCCCCUGUUCGCCUUGGCCAGUCCAAUGCUAGCGAUCAUGACGUAUUCUGCCCUUUGGACUCUUAACGUCGAGUCAGGCAGACUGGCAGGAGCAGGCCGCGUGUUGCGUAGCCUGGCGGCUCCCCAGCUCAUCCUGGCCAUCCUGACAUUCGCAAAACACCAUGUUCAGAUCAUUACGCGCAUGGCUUCGGGUUAUCCCGUGUGGUAUUUCUGGAUCGCAGAUCUUCUCACAAAGGAGUAUUCCUCAGUCCGCCUGGAUAAGAAAGAGGUUGGGAGUCAGAAGCAGCGUUCGUAUGCAAGCCUGGCAAUCACAUAUAUGAUUUCCUAUGCUGCUGUUCAGGGUGUCCUUUUUGCUUCUUUCUUACCGCCGGCAUGA